AUGAAAUUUUAUAUAGAUGAUUUACCAGUGCUUUUUCCUUACCCAAAGAUAUAUCCGGAACAGUACAAUUAUAUGUGCGACAUCAAAAGGACUCUGGAUGUAGGUGGAAAUAGCAUCUUGGAGAUGCCCUCAGGGACAGGUAAAACCGUCUCACUACUAUCUCUUACAAUCGCUUACCAGAUGCAUUAUCCAGAACACAGAAAAAUCAUAUACUGUUCACGUACUAUGUCUGAAAUCGAAAAAGCUUUAGUAGAGUUAGAAAACCUUAUGGAUUACAGAACUAAAGAGCUGGGCUACCAAGAGGAUUUUAGAGGUCUUGGCUUGACAUCGAGAAAAAAUUUGUGUUUGCAUCCCGAAGUGAGUAAAGAACGAAAAGGUACAGUAGUCGAUGAGAAAUGCCGUAGAAUGACAAAUGGGCAGGCGAAGAGGAAAUUGGAGGAAGACCCAGAAGCUAAUGUAGAAUUGUGUGAGUACCAUGAAAAUUUGUACAAUAUUGAAGUGGAAGAUUAUCUCCCAAAGGGCGUAUUUUCCUUUGAAAAACUUUUGAAGUACUGUGAAGAAAAAACGCUUUGUCCAUAUUUCAUUGUUCGUCGUAUGAUUUCUCUUUGUAACAUUAUUAUUUAUUCUUACCACUAUCUAUUAGACCCUAAAAUUGCUGAAAGAGUUUCCAACGAGGUUUCCAAGGAUAGUAUUGUCAUUUUUGAUGAAGCACACAAUAUUGAUAAUGUGUGUAUCGAAUCUUUGUCGUUAGAUUUGACAACAGAUGCGUUGAGAAGAGCCACACGAGGUGCUAAUGCAUUAGAUGAACGUAUUUCUGAGGUCAGAAAAGUUGACUCCCAAAAACUGCAAGAUGAAUACGAAAAACUAGUCCAAGGUCUGCAUUCUGCAGAUAUUCUCACCGAUCAGGAAGAGCCGUUUGUCGAAACGCCGGUUUUACCUCAAGAUCUUUUAACAGAGGCAAUCCCAGGAAAUAUACGGAGAGCUGAACAUUUUGUUUCUUUUUUGAAAAGAUUGAUUGAGUAUCUGAAGACAAGAAUGAAGGUUCUUCAUGUUAUUUCAGAGACACCUAAGUCAUUUUUACAGCAUCUAAAACAAUUAACGUUCAUAGAGAGGAAACCUCUCCGGUUUUGUUCUGAAAGGUUAUCAUUGCUUGUAAGAACUUUGGAAGUAGCAGAGGUGGAAGACUUUACUGCAUUGAAAGAUAUAGCAACAUUUGCUACCCUUAUAUCAACAUACGAGGAAGGUUUUUUGCUAAUUAUUGAACCAUAUGAAAUUGAGAAUGCGGCAGUUCCAAACCCAAUUAUGAGAUUCACUUGUUUGGAUGCGUCAAUUGCCAUUAAACCAGUCUUCGAAAGAUUUUCUUCUGUCAUUAUUACUUCGGGGACUAUAUCACCAUUAGACAUGUAUCCAAGGAUGUUAAACUUUAAGACAGUCUUGCAGAAAUCAUACGCUAUGACGUUAGCUAAAAAAUCGUUCCUACCAAUGAUUAUUACGAAGGGCUCUGACCAAGUUGCAAUAUCUUCAAGAUUUGAAAUUAGAAACGAUCCUAGUAUUGUUCGUAACUAUGGUUCUAUGUUAGUAGAAUUUGCAAAGAUUACUCCUGAUGGGAUGGUCGUGUUUUUCCCCUCAUAUCUAUAUAUGGAAAGUAUUGUUUCAAUGUGGCAAACGAUGGGUAUCCUUGAUGAGGUUUGGAAACAUAAAUUAAUUCUAGUCGAAACUCCUGAUGCUCAAGAAACCUCCCUAGCUUUAGAGACAUACAGGAAAGCCUGCUCGAACGGGCGUGGAGCAAUCUUACUUUCUGUUGCUAGAGGAAAGGUAUCUGAAGGUAUCGAUUUUGAUCAUCAAUACGGCAGAACUGUGUUGAUGAUAGGUAUCCCAUUUCAAUACACAGAAUCACGUAUUUUGAAAGCUCGCUUGGAAUUUAUGAGGGAAAACUAUCGAAUCAGAGAAAAUGACUUCUUAUCUUUUGAUGCAAUGAGACACGCUGCCCAAUGUUUGGGAAGAGUCCUAAGAGGAAAGGACGAUUAUGGCGUAAUGGUACUAGCAGACCGUAGGUUUUCAAGAAAAAGAAGCCAGUUGCCAAAAUGGAUUGCCCAAGGUUUGUCAGAUGCUGACUUAAACCUUUCUACCGACAUGGCCAUAUCCAAUACCAAACAAUUUUUGAGAACCAUGGCUCAACCGACAGACCCCAAAGACCAAGAGGGUGUAUCUGUUUGGAGUUAUGAAGAUCUAAUAAAACACCAGAAUAGUAAAAAUGGUAAGGGGGGAUUCAUUGAAACCAAAAACAAAGGAGAGCAGGAUGAAGAUGAGGAUGUAGAGAUGCAAUAA